UUCUGUCAUUUCAGUUAAGUUUUGUUGAGAGUAGACGUAGGGUGUUGUACGGUAUCGCUGCUCGUCUUCAAAACAAACAAAACUUCACUCCAAAUAAAAAACUUCUGUUAAAGACUACUUUUCUGAUGAACUGAUUGUUAUAUUAGUGAAUUGUGCAUUAGUGUUGUUUCUUGUACAGGAUUAUUUUGGAAACUGGUUCUACUCCUAACAGAACCUGAUCUCUGGCAAUCAUCUGCUUCGAGAUACCAGUCCUGAGAUUAACUGUCCGCCAUCGGAACUACUUUUUCUCGAGGCCUCGAUUUUGGCGCCCUGUACAAUAUUAGCGUGCUUCCAACUGCUCCAACCCAUCGACUGAUCAACCACUCCAAAACAAAAUGACCCACUUGUGAACCAGAUACCUUUCAAUUUCCAAAAAUCAAAAAUGGUUCGUUCCAAAAUGAAACCUCUAGCACCGAACACAAGCAGAUUGUCCACCAACAUCGUCAGUUUUUCUCUGACGAUCCUGGUGCUCUGUUUGGCCAUCGGUUUGUCCAGCGGCGGAGGGGGAUUCUCCAAUAGCUUGGAUACGAUCAAAAGCAACAUGAAGGUUGUUCUGGAUGACCUUAAGAGCGUUCUGCCGAACUAUACAGAUUUUAUAGAUACUCAUAAGUAUCUAUCAGGAGGUACCAAGUUCAACCCCAAAGGCAUGAGUGGUUUGUAUAAUUUAACCACGCAGUUCAUGAACUGGAUUUUGCCGCAGGAUGUGCUGAUGAAAGAACUGAUCGUAUGGAAACAAGUCGGCGUGUACUACUACCCACGACUGAACGAUGGAGUCACCAUAGGCGAGAUGCUCAAAUACUACUGGCCUCUACUGCUGGUUCUACUCAUCCUGGUACUGAUCACCGUGCUCGUUCCGCUGGUGGGUCUAUUCUUCUGUUGCUGUAGAUGCUGUGGUCAUUGCGGUGCUAGGACUCAGCCGUGUGAUAAAAGGAGAGAUCUGUGCAAGAAAGUUUGUCAGGGGACUAUGCUAAUUGUGCUGGGAACAGGACUUUUGUUCUGUGUUGUAUGUGCCUUCGCAAGCAAUCAACAGAUCCAGGAAGGGGUUGACGAGCUUCCAGGUAGCCUAAAGAAUGCAUACAAAGAUUCUUAUUCUUAUCUCGAAGGUACCAAGGAUCAUGCAACAAAUCUGCUCAAUAAUAACUACAAGGAGUUUGCGAACGUGUUCAAAGAAACUGUGGAAAAAUCUGGAGUCCACGUGAUGCAGCAACUGAACAUAUGGAGUAAUGCAACCGCCAUGAUGGACUUAUAUAAUUUUGUGGAAGCCAUACCAAACAUUACAGUACAAUUGGGGCAGUUGAAAGGUUAUACAAAUAACCUUAGAGCUAUGGCGUCACAGCUAAACGAUGCUAUGAGAAAAGUGAAACGAGACUUGCUCACGUUGCUGAAUAACUGUAGUUUGGAAGCUUGUGUGCAGAUCCAAAAGCAGAUUUCGAAUUUGCAAACCAAUAUAGAUUUCAAUAGGCUUCCCGAUGUGGCACCGGCUAUUGAUAUUCUCGGAAAACUAAAUUUAAACUUGUUGAAAACUGCUGCAGAAGAGGGAAAAAGUAAACUGGACAAUAUAGAACGGCACAUCACUAGCAGUUUGAACCAAACGCUUAAACAGGCGCUCAAAAAGGUCGAAGAAGCAGGUAGAACUGUCCAAGCCAAUCUAAAUAAAGUCCUCAACACUAUAUCGGACCUACAGAACCAGAUAAACAGUGUGAAUGGUACCUUGGAAGAUGGAUACACGUACCUAGCGUACUAUUCACCGUAUCGGUACUACGCUGGUCUAGGCAUCAGUUGCGGUCUGCUUUUGAUAGCCAUUUGUAUAGUAUUGGGUUUGAUAUGCGGUAUAUGCGGUAAACGACCAGAUGGGUACAGUGAUAAUUGCUGUAACAAAGGUGCUGGAGGACAGUUUUUGAUAUGCGGAGUUAUGUUGAUGUUUUUAUUCUCCCUCGUCAUCGGCGUGGUCACCUUAGCAACUUUGGCUCUGGGAAUGGCAAGUGACAGAGGCAUCUGCUACCCGCUACGCCACCCUGAAAGAUCUACCGUCUUAAACGUAGUCGACGAUUACAUAGUAAAAAGCAUAAAACUAAACAAAGUGGACAUUGAUGUUAAACUCAGCACUGUCCUCAAUCUCUGCUAUAGGAACGACAGCAUCUACAAAGUGUUCAAUCUGGCGAAAAAGUUCAACGUGGAUGACAUCAGAAAACAGUUCGACGUCGAGUCAGUGUUGGACGGUAUCAAGCAUCAAUUGGAUAGAAUCGUGGAUCCUCAUUUUACAAUUUUGAACAACACCAACUUAAAUAUAUUGAGGAACUUGUCCAGUUUUGAUCCGGGGAUUAAUUUUGACCAUUUUCAAGAUGAGCUGAAAGAGAAUUUCACCAAUAUGAGUCUGAAAAAAUUAUCUGAAGUUCUCCAAAAGUUAGUAGACCAGAUGGAAGGUAAUAUUCCAUUGGCGAGCAUACAGAGUGGUUUGAAACUUAGUAUUCUUCACGUCACAACAUACGACGAGAAAAUUCUUGGACCGAUGAGGACUAAGGCUAAGGAAGUCAUGGAUAUAGCUUUGCACCUCGAUUCAAGUUUGAAGAUGAAUUCAACCAGUUUUAAAGAAGCCAUAGAUAAACUGAUAAAUGAAAUAGAAGAUGCUCAGAGGAAGCUGCGAGAGGAUGGAUCAAAGAUGUUGAUUGAUGCUGCGAUGUCUUUCGGAAAUAUAGUUAAGGAUCAAGUACAUAGUUUCAUCGAGAGAGUAGUUGAUGUGACGAAGAAUAAGAUUGGACAAUGUGGGCCUUUGAACGUGGCUAUAAAUUCCACUUUGGUGUCAACUUGUGAUAAAAUUUUGCAACCAUGGAACGGUUUUUGGGUAUCAUUGUUCGCAAGUUUGUUGCUCUUCAUACCGACUAUCAUCGUCUCAGUGAAGCUGUCGUCACUAUAUCAGAAGUAUAAGCAGUAUGGGCAAUAUGUUGAAACCGAAUACUUAUACGACGCCUAUGCUGACCGUGGGGACAGCGUUCCCUUGAACAGUCGGGGAAGUAAGCGUGGAAAGAAGAAGAAGAAGAAAGGAAAGAGGCCCGAGGAUCGCCAUCAGAUGGGAGAAGUGGUUACUAGGGAAUAUGCAGCCGGAUCUCAACCCCCUGAUAACAGAUACGCUGAUAUGGCCCCCAAGCACUGGGAAGAAUUUCCAAAUGGAGGACCGCCUCAGUACCAAAGAGCUCCAACUGAAUAUGAGAGACCCCCUCCAUACUACUAUCCCGGUUCUGGUGAGCAUUAAACAAUGUAAGAAGCGAGGCAAUUUAACAGACUGAUUUGAACUGAACCUAUUGCAUCACAUUUUCAAGAAAAAACGACAGAUUCUCCUUAUUAGUUUUAGUUUUUUUUUUAAUUUGUCAGUGUUUUUAAUAUGUAAAGUAAUAGCGUUGUUGUGUAAAAAAUUGAUACAAGAUUGAAUAUUACUUAGAUGUUCCAGUUGGUUCUUUUUAACUUUUUUUCUCGAAUGUUUUAUAAAUAAUGAUUAAUUUUCUCAGUGAAUAGUGAAAUAACAUUUUUUUUAUGACAGUGAUCAUAUUAAAGUUUUUAUCUAAAAAAUAUGCGAACGUAUCUAGUAUGUAGUAUGUAGUAGUAAUUUUAAAGUACCUAAUUGAAAUACAAUUAAAUUUUAAUAAAAAUUGUUUGUCUUGGUAAAAGGUAUAUUAGUUUAAAAAGCCACUAUAGGGCUACAAACAUAGAAACAAAACGUUUUCGCUCUGUAACAAGGGCAUCAUCAGUGUUACAAGCACAUGGUGAGCCACCCAAAAAUACAAAGGUUGAAACCUUUUACAAAUAGACUAAAAGUCUUAUAUAAAUAUAAACAUCCUAAAAUCCAAAAGUUGUUUAUAUUUAUAUAAGACUUUUAGUCUAUUUGUAAAAGGUUUCAACCUUUGUAUUUUUGGGUGGCUCACUGUGCGUGUAACACUGAUGAUGCUCUUGUUACAGAGCGAAAACGUUUUGUUUCUAUGUUUGUAGCCCUAUAAGGGCUUUUUAAACUAAUAUACCUUUUACCAGGACAAUUUUUUUUUUAUUAAAUUUUACUUGUAAUUAAUGGUAUACAGCCACCUACAGGAAUUUCUUCCUUGUGGAUUUUUAAUCGAAUUACAUAUUUUGAGGUUAUGUUCAUACGCUUUGAAGCAUAGAUAUAUAAUACUCUAGAUUGCGCCCUGGGAUCUUAAAAUGGGUGACGGUUGCGACAGAGAUAAAUGAGCCUAUUUGGUCGGUAGUCUCUUUUUAAUUUAAGGGGAAUAUCGACGACGUGAAUAUCCCACUUUAUCGAGUAAUAUGUGUUGACAGUUGGAGCGGGUGGUGACGGGAAAUGGUCUUUGGUCUUCGGACGUGGAUAAUCGUGGUUCGAAUCCCAUAACAACUUUACUUUUUUUAUUUUUAUUUAAUCAAUAUUGCGUUUAUUAGAUAUUUUUACAUCUGAAAAAUGGACCUAAGUAAAUCUAGCAGAUAAUAAAUGUAUGUAUAGUAAGUUAAUAUUGGAAUAUAUAAUUUGUGAACUGCAUAGUAAAAUAAAAGUCAUUCGUUAUUAAUAUAAAUUCGUCCUUAUUCGAAUGAUGUGAGUGUUUGUUCUGCUUCUACUUUUUUAAAAAAUUGUAACAAUAGUUUCAUAAAUAAAAAUAAUGUCUAAUUACUUAUAAUUGAAUCGGUCAUUUCAAAAACAGCAAAGUCCACAAUUUUCAGAAACUAACUUUUUGAGAGGAAUAGACUCCUUUAAGAUAAACGUUGUGUGCAAAAACAACACCAGUCCAGUAAAAACAUUAUGAACAAAACUACAAUAUAACUCUGAAUUUUGAUGUCAUCCAUUUCAUCCAUCUUUCGACUAAUAUAGUUAGUUUUCUUUGCUCUUCUGUAAAAUUAGGAAUAUGUGACUCAUGUUGUUUUUGAAAUGACCGAUUCAAUUAAUAAAUCGAUGGUACAUUAUGUUGAUAUUAAUUAUUGGUAAUUUUUUACGAAUAUUUUUAACAAUUACUUUACACUAUUCUACAAUUAACUUAUUAAAAAAAUAACAUUGGCUUUUAUAUUUUUAAAAAUAUAUAGGUACCUACACAGUUUUUCUUAUUUGUUAUAUAUUUCUUUGCAUAUAUUUACUUUAGAGAUGUAAUAAUAUCUAAUAAACGCAAUAUUGAUUAAAUAAAAAAUAAAAAAGUAAAGAUUGGUAUGGGAUUCGAACCAGGAUUAUCCACGUCCGAAGACAAACGACCAGUUCUCGUCGCCAUCCGCUCGAACUGUCAAACCAUCUAAAAUACUCGACGACAGAGUAGGAUAGUGACGUCGUCGAUACUCCCCUUCAAUUAGAAAGAGACUACCGACCAAAUAGGCUCAUUUAUCUCUGUCGCAACCGUCACCCAUUUUAAGAUCGCAGGGCGCAAUCUAGAGUAUUAUAUAUCUAUGCUUUGAAGAAAUUAUUUCUACAAAAACUAAAUAAAACUAUUAAAAGUCUAACAAAAACAAAAACUCCAUUUAAAACAUUUCAGGUCAAUUGAAAAAAUUUAGACACAGAAAAUAUUUUUGGGUAAAUGUUUUUAUAUGAUCACUUUCAUGUAUAAGUUGAAGCUUCGUCAACAAAAGGAAGAUAAACCAUAAAAUAAACCACCUUUGGGCUUUUAUGUGUUUUAGUGGUUUGAAAGAAAAUAUUUGAACAUUCAUAGCGCUAUUGAAAGGCUCAAAACUUUGAAAAUUCUCGUGAUGUAAAGAAACUUGAAUAGCAUUCUCAUUUUUGCCAAAAAGGGGUAAAAAUCGAAAAAUGCUAGAAGAAUAAUCAAAUUAGGUUAUUAUGAAUAUGGUUAUUGUGAUAUUUUUAGAAUUAUAGUAUGUUUAAUGUUUGUCACAUCCCACGAAACAGACACAGAAUGACAGAUGGCACUAAAAUUGUUCGAUAGUCACAUGGCGUCAAAUCAGGAACGUUUAAUGGCGUUUACUGACUGGCCCAAAACUGAUUUGUCUGCUUCAGUGUCUGUUUUUUUUGUGUGGUGUGUUGUUUUUAAUAAAUAUCUAUUCUAUUUCGAAGUUCACGAGGGAACUCUGCCUGAAUAGCCCAACGAUUGGAGCUCCAGUUCUGACACGAGUUUUCUUCAGACGAUGUCCGUUUGAAUAUAUCGACAUCUAGUCAAUGAACAAAUAAUGUUUUCUGUGCAAUGAACGUUUCAUAAAUGUUAUAUGCACUACUAGAGAGUUUUUUUUUGUUUGAAGGAAGGUGUUGUGGUGCUGAGGUAAAGAAUGUUUUUAAUUUGGUGCAAAAAAUGUUUAAAUGAUAAAAUACAUACCUACGUUCUACGUUAAAAGGAUGUAAGGUACACCGGGGUAAGUGAUGGUAUUGAAAAAUGAAGUUAUAGCCUCUAAAACAUUGCUAUCAUUAAGAAGCUUGUAUAUUUCACUUAGAAUUUCAUCAGGACAUUUCGGUUUGUUAUUUUUUGAUAUAGUCCAGGGCGCAUCUGUUUUGAGAUGGACGUUGAGGGGUGACUCAUAUUUUUUGCAGAAAUUGCUUGGAAUUAACUCAUAUAAUAAUAAUUGAGUUAUCCUCCCACUCAAAAAGGUCCAUUGGUCCAUCCAAAGGACCAUUGUUUAAAUAAUCAAAAUUUAAAAAAAUUAAGGAAAAAUUCGAUUUUUUUCUUGGUUUUUUGAUUAUAACUUUAAAAGUAUUUACUUCCUAGAAAAGUUGCACUAACAUAAAAGUUGCAUAAUUAAAUUUCCUACAAUAUAGGAUUGGUUAAAAAUUUUAAAAAUUGUCACCCUUGUUGCAAAAUAGUAAUAAUUGCCGAAAGAAAACCAUAAAAAAACAAGUAUUCGCAUUUUACGGUUUUCAACCAUUUAUUCUUUCGGUUUCUUACGGUUUUCAACCAUUCUUAGAACCUUGAUAUUUUACACAGAAAAACUUUAUGAUAUAAUAAAACAAUACUGUAAAUUUAAUUAAUAUCGUUUCGAUAGAUUUUGCAAAAUAAAUUUUGCAAAUCCAGCUUUCGCAAAAAAAAUUCAUUUUUUCAAAAUGUUGCAGGACUGGAAAUAAAACAGAUAGCAAGUUGAAUUUUUUUACAUAUAGAAGAAUACUGUACCUUUCAUUUGCAAUUUGCAAAAUUAAAAUCGGUUAAUGGACAACCUAAGUCUGACGUCACAAAUGUCACAAAAUUGGGAGGAGCUUAUAUUGGCUCCCAAACAAUUUUGUUUGUAACCUUAAAUGUUCAUAAGGAUUUUUUCAUUUAUGUGCUUUGUGUGGCAAAAUAAGACUUCAUUUAGGUAUUUCGUUAAAGAAACGUGUUAAUUAAGAGAUUUUUAUUCGUUUUUGCUCAGGUGGUUUUUAUUCCUUAGUGAUUGAAAAUAAAUAUAACCUCAAAACUGUUUACAUUCUAAUCAUUGCAUUAAAUUAACUCACCUGGGCAAAAACGAAUAAAAAUCUCUUAAUUGGCACGUUUCUUUAACUAAAUACCUAAAUGAAAAGUCUUAUUUUGUCACACAAACCACGUAAACAAUAAAUUAAAAAUUCCUUAUGAGUGUUUAACAUUAUAAACAGAAUUGUUUGGAGCCAAAUAUAAGCUCCUCCCAAUUUUGUGACGUCAAGACUUAGGCUGUCCAUUACCACAGCGUCAGGAAUUUUUUUCAAAUAAACAUUAAUUUUUGGUGCUACGCGAAGGACAGCGGUGUUCGAUUCACACAAGUUGAUUUCCACCAAAAUUUCUUCCAAUCCCCAUCUAAUAUAUUAUUUUUUUACUCUAUAUUUUGUUGUAUUUUAAUAUUUUAAUUCCACAAAAAUCUAAUUAAUUUGAUUAUUGCUUGUGAAAUAUUGUUUAAACAAUUGCAUAUGUUUAAAAAUAAUAAACUUUUAUUUUCUAAAUUAUAUGAUUUGAACAAAGAAAGUUUUGCUAAAAAAAGUAUUAUUUCAAAGGAUAGAGUAUGUGUUUUUAUUUUGCAAUAAACAAAUUUAUUUAUUUAUAUCGAAAUGUAGUAAAAAUUAAAAUUUAUCAAUCAUUAUCAAAGGUCAUUGGAAUCCCAAUCCGAGCAAUCGUAUCCGCUGUCCUGCGCGUAGCACCAAAAAUUAAUGUUUAUUUAAAGAAAUUCCUGACGUCGUGGUAGUUAACCGAUUUUAAUUUUGCCAAUUCCAAAUGGAAGGUACAGUACUCUUCUAUAUGUCAAAAAAAUUUCAACGCGCUAUCUGCUUCAUUUUCAGUCCUGCAACAUUUGAAAAAAAUGAAUUUUUUUUGCGAAAGAUGGAUUGCAAAAUUUAUUUUGCAAAAUCUAUUGAACCGAUCUUAAUGAAAUUUAGAGUAUUGUUUUAUUGUAUCAUAAAGUUUUUCUGGUUAAAAUAUGAAGAUCCUAAAGUUGGAUUUAUAGUUUGACGUAGCGUAGACGUAGACGCAACGGAGACGUAAGAAACGGACUGGAAACGUAAGAAAAUAUUAUGUCAAUUUAUAGUUCGACGUAGCGGAAUUUUUGCGCAUGAGUAGAAAGAGUAAACAAUGACUUAAUUCUAAUUCAACAACAUAGCCUAUAAAUUAUGCGAACAGUAAUAAACAAACUUUGUGUUUAUUUAUUUAUACUUAUACUACUAUUUAUUAUAAUAUUUAUCUGUUUUGUGUGUUACAUGGAUUAGGAAAUAAACGAAGAUAUGCUCCUUGGUGCCGCAUGCCGUGGGAUUUCCAAAUAUUUUGUUUCAUUUCUGGUCUUUAAAAUGUUUAUUGGAUUUACCUAUCGUAUAAUAUGUGUAUAUAACCCCGAAUUAGGCUAAUAAACAACUCAUAUUUAUCUGAAAUAUUGAAAUGACUCUAUGAUAUAUUUUUAUUAAAUUAAUAACUUAACAUCCAUUGUAUUCAAAUAAUUAACAAAAUUUGAAUAUGUUGAUAAACAACUUUAUCUUUACAAAAUUGAUGAGGGAGUGUCCACUUUGGGUGACAGAACAAAAUUCUUAAUUUUGAUUGGCCAGACGUAAGAAACGCACUGUAAAAGAUGAAAGUUGGUCAUCUCUUCCGUUACGUUACGUUUCUCUUAUGUUCCGUCAGACGCUUGCGUUCAUUUAUAAACACGAGUACACAAAAUUCAGUGUUGAUCUUUUCCACUGCGUCUCCGUUACGUCUACGUCUACGCUACGUCAAACUAUAAAUCCGACUUAAGUGUAGCAUAAAUGGAUGAAAAACGUAAAAUGCAAAUACUUGUUUUUUAUGUUUUUUUCGCAAUUAUCGCCAUUUUGCAACAAGGGUGACAAUUUUUAAAAAAUUUAACCAAUCCUAUAUUGUAGGAAAUUUAGUUUCGCAACUUUUAUGUCGAUGCAACUUUUCUCGGAAGUGAAUACUUUUAAAGUUAUAAUCAAAAAACGAAGAAAAAAAUCGAAUUUCUCCUUAAUUUUUUGACAUUUUGAUUAUUUAAACAAUGUUCCGGACCAUUUUGAGUGAAAUGAUAACUCAAAUAUUAUUAUAUGAGUUAUUUUCAUGCAAUUUCUGCAAAAAAUAUGAGUCACCUCUCAACGUCCAAAUGUGCCUACUAAUAUUUUUACAGAUGCACCCUGUAAAUCCCCUAAAUCUAUUGACCUGAGCUUAAAUAUAUGUCCCGUUUAUUGUGAAAGGUAGAGUAACAUUCUGGUUUUUCAGAUUGACAUCAAUUUAGUUUUCUUAAUGUUUAUUUUCAUAUCGAAUUUCUCACAGACCGAGUUGGCCCUGUCUAUGAGUCGUCGUAGACUCGAGUCGGAAUCUACAAUCAACACCUUACCAUCGACCAAUCCGAUGCUGCUGAUAUUUACGCCAUUCCCCUUGACUGCAUCAUUGGAAUCCUCCAGGGUCUCUUUAAACAGAAACUCGGAAUAAAGAUUAAAUAGCAAGGGGGACAAAACACAUCCUUGUCUAACUCCCCUCCUAAGUUCUACUCCUGCGGACGUGGAAUCGUCAAUCCUAAAUCUGGCGUUUUGGUUCAAGUACAAGUUUUUGGCAAUUUGAUGUCUUUCCCAUUUAAACCGACUUCUUGCAACCCCGGUAUACCUUAAUUCAAAUGGAAACACAAGUUUUUUAGUAGAUUUUAUGUAAUAUAUUUUUUUACUUUAAUGUUGCCAAUAGUAAACAUUAGUGGCAGGUCCACGUUUGUCUUGCUUUUUAUAAAGAACAUUCUUUGCCAUAGACCACCUGGUAGUUGUAAAUACAGCAUUUUUUAAGAAUUUGUGUUUUUUCGUAAACAAUGAUAUAGUAAAUAUAGUUUAUAGGACUUCAGAAUGCUCAUUUGUUUAGUCAUUGGAUAUUUGAUGUUUUCCAAAAAUUGUUUUUUAGUAAAGAGAAAGUUAGUCGAAAUAUUUUCGUAUGAACUGAACUAUUAAAAAAAUUUCCCGUUAUUAGGUUUUGAAUUAACAAAAUUGUUUUUUAAAAAUUGCGUAUUUAAGAGAAAUUUACACUUUUAGUGAUUUUGUAAUAUAGUUUUAGAGAGAUCGAGUCGAUUACUCGGCUUUACCAGAUGUUUUUGUCUUCAAACACUAUAAAUUGUUCUUUUUUGAGCGAAGUACACUACAAUAUCUUAACAUGUAUUCUAUUGACUGCACUAUAAUGAACCAUUUAAUAGUCCAAUCAAUAGUAGACCAGGAGGGAUCUGUUUUUAGGUGGAUGUGAGAGGUGGCAUUCGGAUUUUUGCAAAUAAAGUUAGGUGAUAACUUCGUUAAUAAUAAUUGACUUAUGCUCCUUCUCAAAUAUGUCUGGAACAUUAAUAAAAAAAAUAAAAUAUUUAAAAAUUUCAAAAAAUUUCCUUUUUUUUUCUACUUUAUUUGCUUAUAACUUUAAAACGAUUCAUUUUGGAACAAAGUCGUAUAGGAAUAAAACAAGGAUAAUUAAAUUUUCUAUCAGAUACGAUUGGUUAAAAAUGUCUUAAUUUAACACCCUUGCUGAAAAAUAGCAAUAAAUAUAAAAUAAGGGGGCAAAGCAAGCCUGUCCUUAUUCAAUGUUUUUCAUCACUUAGGUUACAAUUGGAACCUUCCUAAUUCGCUUAGAAAAUUUUUGUAAUGUGCUAAAACCGGCCACCAAAUUUCAUUAAAAUUGACUUACUAGAUUUUGCAUAAUAAUUUUGCAAUCUAAACUUUUUUUUUAAAUUAAAAUUUUUUAAAAUCUUGCACAACAAAAACUAGAACAUACAAAGAUUUGUCAAUUUUUUUACAUAUAAAGAAGCACUCCAUCUAUCUAAUGCACUUUACAGAAUUGAAAUCGGAUUAUUUAAGCAGCCUCAGCAAUGUUUUAAAGUUAUAAACAAUUUUUUGGCUUAUAAACAAAUUAGUGCUGUGUCCAGGAGGGGGUGCUACGGGCUCCUUUAUUUAGAUUGGAACAGUUGAUCCGGAUGACGAUAAGAUUGUUAUAAACAAAGAGCUUGAGGAAUUACAUAACAUCGAUUUUUCGCAAAAUAAAACAUUUUUUUGUAUUUCUUGGGUAAUUCUAAGCAAAAAAUGUUCUUACAAGUUUUUUCCUAGAAUGCAUAGUUAUCGAGAUAAACGCGGUGAAACAUUCAAUAAAUCGAAAAAUUGCAAUUUUUGAACGAGAAUAACUUUUGAUUAAAAAAUGAAAUAGCAAUUCUGCUAACAGCAUUUGUAAGUUAAAGUCAAAUUAUACCGGUUUUAAUUAUUUGCAUUGCUAAAAAUAAUUUUUUUUAUUAUUAAACAAAGCUAUUUGUUUAUAAACCAAAAAAUUUGAUUUUAAUUAUGUAAAGUGUAUUAGAUAGGUAGAGCACCUCUUUAUAUGUAAAAAAAUUAGCCAACUUCUAAAUGGUCUACUUUUUGUUCAGAAAGAUUUUAAAAGAUUUGAACUUUUUUAAUAACAUUUACAUUGCAAAUUUAGUAUGCAAAAUCUAUUAGGUCGAUUUUAAUGAAAUUUGGUAGACCAUUUAAGUAAGUUAUAAGAAUUUUCUAAGCGAAUUACUAAGGUUCUAAGUGCCACCAAAGUGGUUAAGAAACAUUGAAUAACAACAGGCGUAUUUUGCCCCCUUAUUUUGUAUUUAUUGCUAUAUUGCAGAAAAGGUAAUACCUUAAGACAUUUUUGACCAGUCGUAUAUCAUACAAAAUUCAAUUAUCUUUAUUUUAUUUCUCUACGACUUUGUUCCAAAACGAACCGUUUUAAAGUUAUAAGCAAAGAAAGCAGAAACAAAUCGAUGUUUUUCGAAAUUUUUAAAUAUUUUAAUUUUUUUAUUAAUGUUCCGGGCAUAUUUGAGAAGGAGCAUAAGUCAAUUAUUAUUACUGAAGGUUUCACCUAACUUUAUCUAUAAAAAUCCGAAUGCCACCUCUCACAUCCAAAAAUACACGUUUUUUACAGAUUAGUCCUGGUCUAUAGAUAUUUAUUUAACCCUUAACUACUGACGUGGAUGUUUCAGGACGUAGACACUGACAUGCGGUAUGUCAUACCGUUGACUAUUCUCUUUUGUUUUCAAUAUGAAUUUAUCUUAUAUCAGUGUAUUUUUUUAAUUAAUUACGGAAUGAUUCUUCACACUGAUCUAGAAUAAUAUGCUGCUCCAAAUAAAAAAAAAAUAAUAAAAAUAAAAAAAAAUAAUAAAUAGGCAGGGUUGUUAAUAUUCGCUUCAGAGUUGUGACUGCAUAGCUUCACUGAAGAUGCAUGGAUGCUGAAAUAGCUAUAUGGAGAUGGUGGUUCAACUCUGAAUCGAAUAAGAACAAAAACUGCCUUUAUUAUUUUUCAUCUUUACUCAGAAUUGAGUAUUUAGAAACUGUCUUUCGGUUCUUUUCCUUGACGGAGAGAAGGUAAAUGGGUGGCCAAAGUGUUCUAUUUGCUUUGUCCUAUUUUCGUCGUCUCUUGUGUUUAUAUAUUGUAAAAACCAGAGAUACAGGACGCAGCCAGAAAGCAGUUUAUUAACGAAAAGUCUUAGAUUUAAAAUAUUGUUUAUUAUAUUUUUAUUUCAAUUAUUCUAAUUGUUUAAAAAGUAGUAUACUUUGUAUCUAGGGCUUUUCGUUGUUUUCCUCGUUUUGCGAGAGAUGUCGCUAGAUUGCGUCUCAAAAGGUGGAAUCAUUGUAUCGCGAUGGUUUCGCUUAAAUAGGCAGGAUUGUUAAUAUUCGCUUCAGAGUUAGCUGCAUAACUUCACUGAAGAUGCAUGGGAUGCUGAAAUAGCUAUAUGGAGAUGGUGGUCCAACUCUGAAUCGAAUAAAAACAAAAACUGCCUUUAGAGCAGGUACAAGUACACACCACUUGAAUGUACACAGAUGGUGUUCUAGGAAUCUUUUAUAAAACACGUUUUACAACAAAAUCUAUUUUCGGUGCGGUAUAGUAUACCGCCCUUCAGUGAUUAAGGGUUAAGAUCGUGGUGGUAAUUCUGAUGAUUGAUCUCCAUAAUUGUUUGAGGAGGAAAGUAUCGAAUGGGCACAAACAAAAGUAAGGUAUCCAUUGAUGUAUUCCAAUUCCAAAUAUCUUAUUCCGAUUAUAGAUGUAUAAAAAUUUAUGUGUUCAUUUAUAUUUGUGCUCAAUUUUUAUAUUAUAUAAAUUGAAGCCAAAUUUUGCCAUAUAUUCUACUCUAUUUAAAGGUAUUUAUGACUCAUAGGGUUAAAUAAUUAUAAAUUCCAAUGUUUCUAAUAAAAUUUUAAACAAUUGU